AUGGGGGCGCUGGGAUGGGGGCGGUCAGGAGAGAAGGGCCGGAUCGCCGCGCUGGCACUGGGCGAGCUGGGGGUUGACCGUGCUGUGAGAGGACCGGCUCCGGUAGCCCAGGGAGAGGACGCAGGCGCGGGGCGGGAAGCGCAGGGGACGCAGCUCGCUGCUCCUGGUGGGCGAGUGGAGACGCGACCAACCCCGGGUCACGGCAGGGCAGUCGGAGGCCUGGCUGCUAGGCUCCGCGACAUCCGGCCGUCCGAGGGCGGCGGGAUUCGGGAUGACUUCGGACAGGUGAGUGUCCCCGGGACAGAGCGGGCCAAGAGGAACGGGGAACGCUGGUUUUCCGUGGGAAAAUUCCACGUGGAGGUGGCCUCUUGCUGUUGGGAAUGUGUCUCGGGGACGCCCGAGUGUGAGAAUCGGCUCGGAACUGCGGGGUUCGGGGCUGUUUGCUUGGAACUCAGAGGCGCUGACCCGGCCUGGGGCCCCUUUGCUGCCCACGGGAGGAACCGCCGGGGAUUCUCGAGAUUUCUGUGGCUCCUCAAGAUAUUAGUCAUAAUCUUGGGACUUGGCGUUGCUGGUUUUAUAUUCGGAAGCAUGUUCCUUCAAGCAGCGUUCAGCAGCCUCAAGCCAGGGCUCCCAAGUCCUGCCCCGGAUGUCCAGAAGCUGAAGCUUCUGCCUGAGGAACAUCUCAGGAACCUCUUUUCCUACGAUGGAAUCUGGCUGUUCCCGAAAAAUCAGUGCAAAUGUGAAGCCAACAAAGGGCAGGGAAGUUACAACUUUCAGGAUGCCUAUGGCCAGAGCGACCUCCCAGCGGUGAAAUUGAGGAGACAGGCUGAGUUUGAACACUUUCAGAGGAGAGAAGGGCUGCCCCGCCCACUGCCCCUGCUGGCCCAGCCCAAUCUCCCCUUCGGGUACCCAGUCCACGGAGUGGAGGUGAUGCCCCUGCAUACAGUUCCCAUCCCAGGUCUCCAGUUUGAAGGACCCGAUGCUCCCAUCUAUAAGGUCACCCUGACAGCUUCUCUGGGGACACUGAACACCCUUGCUGAUGUCCCAGACAGUGUGGUGCAGGGCAGAGGCCAGAAGCAGCUUACCAUUUCUACCAGUGACCGGAAGCUGUUGAAGUUCAUCCUUCAGCACGUGACAUACACCAGCACCGGGUACCAGCACCAGAAGGUGGACAUAGUGAGUCUGGAGUCCCGGUCCUCAGUGGCCAAGUUUCCAGUGACCAUCCGCCAUCCUGUCAUACCCAAGCUAUACGACCCUGGACCAGAGAGGAAGCUCAGAAACCUGGUUACCAUUGCCACCAAGACUUUUCUCCGCCCCCACAAGCUCAUGAUCAUGCUCCGGAGUAUUCGAGAGUAUUACCCAGACUUGACCGUGAUAGUGGCUGACGACAGCAAGAAGCCCCUGGAAAUUAAAGACAACCAUGUGGAGUAUUACACUAUGCCCUUUGGGAAGGUAGGCGGCAGUGUGCUGGGAAAUGUGUUCCAGUUUAAGUUGUUGCUGGAACAGAGUGAGAACGGGGCCUGCCUUCACAAGAGGACGGGAUUUUUCCAGCCCCUGGAUGGCUUCCCCAACUGUGUGGUGACCAGUGGCGUGGUCAACUUCUUCCUGGCCCACACGGAGCGACUCCAAAGAGUUGGCUUUGAUCCCCGCCUGCAACGAGUGGCUCACUCAGAAUUCUUCAUUGAUGGGCUAGGGACCCUACUUGUGGGGUCAUGCCCAGAAGUGAUUAUAGGUCACCAGUCUCGGUCUCCAGUGGUGGACUCAGAGCUGGCUGCCCUAGAGAAGACCUACGAUACAUACCGGUCCAACACCCUCGCGCAGGUCCAGUUCAAGCUGGCUCUCCACUACUUCAAGAACUAUCUCCAAUGUGCCACAUAA